AUGGCAGACAGCAAAGAAGACGAAUUAAGAACCCUUCGACGGCUUGCUAAGAAUUAUGGUAUCCGUUUCAAGAGGCCAGCCGAUAAGUGGCCUGAUGCUCAUAGUGGUCGUUUUCGCGAUGUCUUAGAGUUAGGGAAUAGGAAUUUCAGCACUUAUUCCGAGAAUGUCACCGUCAGAUCAUCACAAGAGCCGUGGACGCGACAGAUUAAAUCCCGAACCCGAUGGCUAGUAAGUCGAGCCUGCGACUUAGCCAUGAACGUCCAGCCAAAAGAGAGCGGAUGGCGGUUGGGGCUCGAGAACGAUGUCAUGCAUAGGUUCUUGGUGGAGGUUGCAUGUCCCAAUUGCCGGGCUCGCAUUUGGCGGUCAGAAAUCGAAGCAUCCAAUUCUAAACCGGGUAGUAAAUGGGUACAAGCACUAGAAGAGCGCAGGAAAAAUCGCAGGCCGUGUCAAUGUCCUCCUGAGACCCGUCCUCAGGAUUACUAUGAAAUAGGCACUAGUCAACUCUUUGACGAUCGCGUGGAAGAGAUCGUAAUACUCGAUAGCGCACUCCAAGACUUACCCAAGAAAAAACUACCCGAUCGUACCUUUGGAUUGAAAUCCACAGAAAAAGUAGAUCAACUCCUCAUGAGACUAUCGACUCAAGCCACCACCAUCGCUGAAGUCUUAGAGGUUACUCCGUUCAAGUCGGCGCUGAAUCCGCCCAUCUUCCCUUUCCUCAUCCUCGAAGCCAAAGCCGAUUCUAGCAAGAACGGUUUCCAUGAUAUCCAGACGCAGACUGCCUUCCCUAUCUGGAAGUUCUUAACACUUCAGAGGGAACUACAAUUGAAGACACGGAGUGCCGCGGAAGAGCCCUUGGUCUGGUUUCUCGCAAACAGAGGAAGUGAAUGGAAGGUCUACGGCUGCUACGUAGAUGGGGGAGAUACACCUCGACAUAAUAUUCACCCUCUGUGGGGUGGCGACCUGAUGACCCAUGAUGGAGCCCUACAGCUCAUACUGAUUAUUGAUUACAUCGCGGAUUGGGCAAGGGAUAUUUAUCGGCCUUCUAUUUUGAGAGGACUGAAGAGCUUAGCAACUGGGAAAGACUAUGACGAAGUCAGUUUAGACCUCGAAAGUAACGUUUAUUCGAUACGGGAUAGGAUCUCCGAUUGGAUCCGUCCACCAACGAGCACCGCCAAUUUUGCAGAACGUAGGGAGUCAAUUAUUGAGGAGUCCCAACAGCAACCAGACGCUCCUUCUCCUCAAGUCGAGCAUAUGACCAAUUUACGUAUGGUAGGAAGGAUUGAAUACCUUUUCGAAUGCGUAAAUUUCACUGAACAGAGUAUGGCAACCCUAUUAAACGACAAAGUUGCCGGUGACUUAUACAUGAGAUUACUCAGCUCUGGCAAGUUAAUCGCUAUCACCCAGGACGCUCUAGAUCAAAUCGAGUUUAUGUGGACUGGGAAGGGACACAAUCACGAUUCACUUGGAUCUAUGGAGAUUGACACUGAAUUUUACGUCGUUUUCCUACAUGAUGCCUUUUUUAAAUACCCCGAAAUAGUUAAGGAACUCAUCUCCGUUGCCUUCUCGAAGCAUAUUUUUACCUGCCUGCAGCAAUCGGCUCUUUUGAAGGGUUUAAGUCACCUAGCAAACCCACCAAAGGCACACCCGAUUAUGUCACUGUACAAUAAAAUUGAUAUCCUGAAAAACCUGGAGUAUCCGACCGGUAUUGUUUCACUGCAUCCAGGGGAAGAAAAAGGUCCAGAGUCCUCCACCUCCCCUCUUGGAUCAUACUCAAAGCACCCGGAUGCUAGAAAGAUUCGGACCUUCAUCAACUACGCCCGUUCUCGGGCUCCAGAAUCCGUGAGAAAAAGCCGCUGCAUGGAUCUUACAGUGUCGCUGCAAUACGAUUGUCCGACCGUUUAUAAAGUCGUGGAUGGUUGCAGGGAGGCAUUGAAGCUCUAUCCUCAACCUCCUGAAUAG